GCUGCGGCCCCUAUAAACGGUUUUGGCGCCACCACGGUUGCCUGAGAUAGGGACCGACAGCACCUCCCUCGGCUGCCGCCUGGACACCUUUCUCCCAUCCCAAAGCGUCUGCAACAAUGGAUCAACAAAGUCGCAUUCAUGACGGCCGGGAGGGCGAUGGGGACCUGGCGCAAUCUUUAAAUCGCCUAACCAUCGCAACAUCUUCUCCCGCCAAAACACCCCGCUCUGCCCGUCCCGCCGGACCUACCCCCCUAAAACCAGUCGCCGACCACUCCCGGUCGCCCAGUACUCCGCGCCCGAGUAGUGCGAUGUGCAGUCCCCUUCGCAGUUCAUCCGCUUCCGUCGUUCCGUCAUCCCGAUCUGCGACCCCAACCUUACUGCGCAAGGCCUCCAUGAACUCGCUCCAUUCCGUCAACGGCAUCACCCCAUCCCGCCGUGCGAGCUCCGCCAAUAUCCCGACGGCCAACAGGGCCAGGACCGCCAGGUCGCCCCUCAGGAGUAUGUCGCCAGAGGUACCAGAGAAGCCCCUCCCGACACCGAACUCGGUCGCCAACGAGCACUUCAAGGCCGAGCUGGAUACCCACCAUGGCCCCGAGCCUACCCGCCGAGCCGAGACCGUGGUUAUCCUCCAAGACGCCUGCUAUGGCCAUCGGUACUCCCGUCCUCGGGCGUCGCGUGCGCAGCUUAGUACCAUUGUUGAGCGACCCGAGAGGAUCAAGGCCUGCGUUUUGGGUGUGUCGGCAGCGUACGUGAGGCUGGGUGAGCGACAUCAGGACGGCGCAUUCCCUCUCCACCCGGAGGCGGAUGCCGCGUCGCUUCCCUCGAUUCCGUUCCGGAUCCAGAGAUCAAAUCGGCGCCUAUCCCUAGGAUCGCAAACGGUGACCAACGUGCACGGAACAAAGUGGAUGGAGGAACUCAAGAUGAUGUGUGAUACAGCCGAGGCAAAACUGGCUGGAGGUGGUAGAGAGCUCCAAAGACCGGAUAUGGACCGAGGCGCAAAUGCGGAUGUGCCGCAAAAGUUUCAUGAGGGUGAUUUGUACCUCUGCUCGGAAUCGUUGGAGGCCAUGGAGGGGGCGCUUGGAGGCGUGUGCGACGCCGUCGAUGCAGUCUUCAGGCCCCAGGGUCCCCAGCGGGCGUUUGUUGCAAUUCGACCCCCGGGCCAUCACUGCUCCGCGUCCCACCCGUCUGGCUUUUGCUGGGUUAACAAUGUCCAUGUUGGCAUCAUGCACGGCGUGCUGAGCCAUGGCUUAACACAUGCCGCCAUCAUCGACUUUGACCUGCACCACGGGGACGGCUCCCAGGCGAUCACCUGGCAGCACAAUGCUCGAGGUGUCGGCUUGGCUAAGAACGCGGCGUGGUGGAAGAAGACGUCGAUUGGUUAUUUCAGCCUGCACGACAUCAACUCGUAUCCGUGCGAGAUGGGCGAUGAAGACAAGGUCAGGAACGCAAGUAUCUGCAUCGACAACGCACACGGCCAGAGCAUAUGGAACGUGCACCUGCAGUCCUGGCAAACCGAGGCCGAUUUCUGGGCCUUGUACGAGUCCAAGUACGGCGUUCUACUCGAGAAGACGCGCGCCUACCUAAAGAGUCACACGGAGCGGCUAAGGGCGUCCGGCUUGAACUCGAGGGCAGCCAUCUUUCUCUCGGCCGGCUUCGACGCGAGCGAAUAUGAGGACCCCGGUAUGCAGCGGCAUAAUGUCAAUGUGCCGACCGAGUUUUACGCCCGCUUCACCCGUGAUGUGGUGCGUAUGGCAGCCGAAGAAGGGACGAGUGUUGAAGGCCGCAUCAUUAGCGUUCUUGAAGGCGGCUACAGCGACCGUGCGCUCUGCUCCGGUGUUUUCAGUCACCUCUGUGGUCUCGCCGGAGAUGGGCCCAGCAAUAAGGAGCAGGAGUCUGGCGGCACAGUCUCCGAAACGGGCCAGAAGCCCAUCCAGCAGCGCGCUAGAAAGGACUCGUGCGCGAGCGAGCGAGGUGCCCGGCGGUAUGAGUCGUCGUGGUGGUCCGCUGGUGAACUUGAAGAACUGGAGGCCACCCUUACUACACCUCUCCCCGUCCCGAAACCCGUUCGGAAUUCUCCGCCGCCAACCUACUCGUCCCCGACUCAAGCGUCACAGGCGAGGGCGAGGAAUCGGAGCUCGUCUGGGCUGUCGCCCGUCCCGAGUAAUGCAGUGCCCAGGAUCUCAUUCCAGCCACCUCCGCCUCCGGAUGUGCCUUGGAACGUCGCCACUUUCGAGCUGAGCAAGUUACUCGUUCCAAGUGCGCGUCAGACAGCCAGCUGCACCGCCGAAGAGCUCAAUGCCGAGGCUACGAGGAUUAGACGUGAGCGCCAGGCUGUCCUUACGGGAUCUGUUCCUCCGAUCGUGUCUCCCGUGGAAGAGCGGCCAUCCACAAGGAUGGGGCUUAGGGAACGGAAGCCGAAACCGCCGCGUGUGGAGGAAGACGACCGUAACAGACGGAAGACGGUGGCGGGGCCGGCUGUUCUUGCUGCAGAAGCUGGUUCGCGCGGAUCCACUCCUGUUCCUGGGAAGCAAUCCCGUUCGUCACGACGCCUUAGUGCGGCGUCGACUGUUGUGUCGUCUGCUUCUGAGAGUUUGGAUACGACGCCGCCCGUUCCCCGGAUCGUGCCGGUCCGUGGCAACUCCAAGACGGAUGUCACGAGCAGACCCGCGACUUCAAUGAGCGUUGCAAGCCCGGGUGGCAACAAUCUCAAUGUGAAGAAGACGCGGGGUCCGGCAAAGAAAGAAGCAGUCCCGCGAGCACCAAGGGGGACGAAGAAGUCCGCAACCGCCGCAAACGGAGCAGCCGCACAACCAGCCCCUUCCACGGCCACCACUAACACCCCAUCAACCGACAAGCCCAGUGAUGAGGUGGACAAACUGGCCGGCCAGAUGAAGAAAAUCAAGAUCACAGUCAUCACAAAGGCGCAAAGAGAAGCUCGCGAGCGGGAACGGUUAGCAAAGGAGAAGCUCUCCAAGGCGGAGACUAUCCCCAUGCCUCCGCCGCCGGCAGACGACGAACCUCUUCCCCGACCCGACACCGCAACUCCCAACAUGAUCAUAGCGAACGCCCAACACCACUCCUCCCCACCGCCCCCAUCGUCAUCGGGACUCCCCCAACCCCACACCCCCAUCGACCCGUCAACCCCGACUACAGAACCCGCCGCACACCCACCCCUCCUCUCCCCACCACAAACCGCCCCGCACGGCGUCCCCCUCCCCGCAAGCUCCCCACCACCAUCCAUGGACAUGAGCAGCAGCACAACCCUGAGCAUGAGCAGCCCCAUCUCCGAGGCACCACCACCGCCGGCAGCGGUAGGAGACAAUUUUAUCGCCUACCAGCCCGACGGUUCUUCCACGGCCGUGUCAGCGGAACAGCAGCAGCAGCAGCAACAACAACAGCAGCAGCAGCAAAAACCGCUGCAGUGGCUGCCGCCGAACGUGUGUGCUACGCCGGUGCCGUCGCCCGUCAGGAGGGCGGACUUGCCUGUGUUUAGUAGCACGGGGGUCAUUCCUUUUGGGCCGAGGCCUGGGGCGGGGGGUGCGGGGGUUGCGGAUGGUGACGGGGAGAAGAGGGGUGGUGGUGGUGGUGACGGGAAGUAGAAGGUCAGGCGAAGUCGGAGGUGUCAGAGUCU